GGCGUCACUCCCAUUUGGCCCAAUUGGCAUGCCUCCUUGUGCAGAGCUCCAGUUUUGCAAGACGCUGCAGACUUUACAGAGCUUGACCGACAGGAAAACGUUUUUGACGUGCAUUACAAACAAUUGCUUUGCAGACUUCAGAAGAUUGAGUGGGAUGCAAUGCAGGAUUCCCAGCGUAAUGCUGCGCUGGCCGAACGGCAUCGGAUGGUCAUGUCCGACCCCAUGUUUUUUGAGGUCUGCAUAUGUUAUUUCAACUUGGUCAUUUCUGGUCUCAACAAAGGGCGCUUGCAAGAUGAUCCCAAGAAAAAAUUUGCAUGCAAGAGCGCUUCGACUUUUCAUAGUCGUGCAGAUCUUAUGAUGACGUUUUUGCACUAUUGCCCCAACUUACAGCUCAAGGCCUUUCCAGUGUUUGAGGAAGUUGUGUACUCCUUUAUGCAGCACGAGGAAGAUAAGGUCAGGUUGCCUUUUGUGGCGGUGACUGCGAAUGGAGUUUCAAGUGAGUUUUGGAGCCACGCUUGGAAGAGCGUGCUAGCCGAAGCAGGCGUACAGGUUGGACAUGGGAAACCUUUGCUGCCAGUCAGGACACCAGAUGGAUGGCAUCCGCUUCAUUGGUCAGCUGAAGAAGCAACCAGCUGGUUGCGUAGCCUUCGGCAGACUGGUGAGGUUCUCCAAGACUCCAGGCUGCAACUGCUUGGAACCCAUUCAUGCAAGUCCACUUGCCUGUCGUGGCUGGCGAAAUGGGGAGGCACUCCAGACAUGCGCAGGCUGAUGGGCUACUAUGUGGCUGACAAGAUGUCUACAAUGUUGACUUAUGGAAAGACAACACAAGUGCCGCUCUUCGUGAGAUGGAUGUUAUUCUGGACGCCAUCAAGGAGGACGAAUCUGGCCUCAAGUUCGCGUGUGGCAGAGAUAUCACCCGCAUUUACAUUGCACUGCCGUCCAGACCUCAGACACCCUGCCUAUCUGCAAGCAGUGUCUCAACAAGUUUAG